AUGACAUCUACUGGGGGUGGCACCGCCUCAGACGGUGCUGAGUUAUCUCCCACCGUUGGAGAGUUGGAUUGCUCCCGCUCCUGUUCUAUUGCAACAGAAGUUCAAUCUAGUGAUGCAACAAGACCUUCUGGAAGUGUGUUUCUUUCGGGAUCCCGCUCCCUUCAUUCUUUGAGACGGCUGAAGGACUUAGAAGAGGAAGAUGCCACACUUGGGACUUCACCGGGAGCCGGCCCCGCGACUGGGUGCUCCGCAGUGGACGCGGCAAGCGCACCUAAAGAGGAGGGAGCUUCAGAGAGUGAAGACGAUACACUUGAGGUUGUCAGGAGCAUGAAGGAUUUGCAGCGUAUGCGCGGAGGCCCACGUAAAGGUUUGGACGUUCGUGCUUCCCUGGAGGAAGCACGGGAUGCAAACGAAGAGGAAGAGGCAGAGGACGCUGGAGGCCUUCUUGAGAAAAACUUCGCCUCAGGGGGUCCCGGAUCUGCUACAGAUAAACACCUAGAGGAGUUUCUGCGUGAAAGGUUAAAAGACAAACAACACGAAAGCCGGGAGGAGAAGGCUUUGAGAGAACACGACAUGGUGGACAAGAUGAGGGAUUUGUACGCCAUUCCGGAUCACUUGAAGGUCGCAGAUAAGACAGAGGAGUACAAGGACCAGAUGAAUUGGGUCACAGGUCUUGUUGAGGUGGAGCUUCCAAUGGAAACAAAGCUCAAAAAUAUUGAGGCAACAGAGCGAGCAAAGCGCCAACUUCUUCGGAAAGGGCUUCUAGAGGAAGCGGAGGAGAACCCCGAAGACCCGGAUGUCGUCCGCAAAACUGCAUUUGGCCAAAGGUAUACAUGGUACAUACCGGAUUAUCAGUUCCGGAAGAGGAAUGGUCAACAGGCGCAGAGGGCCCGUGACGGGCACGAAGUCAAGCAGUUUGCCAAGAGAACGAAGCGGAUGAACGAAGGCAGAGGUAGAGUUGGCGUCGCUCCUAUGUGA